CAUGGCAUUGCUCGCAUAGGCAGGCACACGAGGACUUCUUGACUUGUUCAUUAAGAUCUUAAGUCCACGGACAUAACCUCAGGCGCGAUGAUUGGGACGUUGCCCCAUUCUUUUUUCAGAGCUUCCUUUCCAGAAGCACGGGUGGGGUGGUCACUAGCCACUCCUCAGCCACAGCGCCAUUAGCCAUCAAUCUACUGCUUAUUUGCUCGAAUCACGACCACAGGAAACCGCAGUGUUGGCGGGUUUCGCUCUUAAAGCCACCUUAUCCGAUCACAACCCUUAUGUCCCUGGAGGGGUGUCUGACGGCGCCAAACGAACCCUCGCCCGAUUCCUGGAGCUGCUCCUUUUGAUCAGCAUUCUUUCCGAGUCUAGUCGCCCUGAACAAUCGGACACGAAGAUCCUGUUCUCCGGCUUCCGACAUAUAUCCCCUCCCCUACUGCGAGCUGUCCGGGCAGUUUAUAAACCACGGAAAACGCGUCUUGGCUCGUCUCAUCUCAUCUCAACUCUCCCCGCCCUCCUCAUGAGAUCAAUUAUGUCCCUCUUCGCCCUCAAAGACUGCUGUCUCACAACAGUGGCAGCCGGCUUGUGCUGCUAUCUUUUCUUCAAGCGUUGGGAGCCAACAUCCCCGCGUCUGCACUUCGUGUUCCUCGUCUUCGUACCAUGCCUCCUCGACCUCGCACUCCGCGACCGAUUCUCAUCUUUUCUGCGCGCCGCACUCUUCAUCCACACAAUCUACUUGUCGACCGUUCUGGGCUCCGUGGCGCUGUACCGCCUCUCUUCGUAUCACCCGCUCGCCAGUUAUCCCGGCCCGACCAUGUGCAAGCUGACCAAGUUCUGGAUGGCGUGGAUGUCUUCUGAUGGCAAGCAGCACCUCUAUGUCCAAUCCCUGCACAACGAAUACGGGGAUAUCGUGCGAAUUGGUCCCAAUGAAGUAUCCAUACGAGAUGUGAACGCUAUCAACUCUCUGGUAGGGACGGCUGGGUGCCCGAAAGGCCCACAUUGGGAUGGACGAAUGGCUGAGCAGAAGGACACGAGGGCGCUCAUCGGCAUCAGGGAUAACGCGGAACAUACUCGGCGGCGACGACCAUGGAAGAGGGCGUUUGAUACGACCGCGUUGGCCGACUAUGGGAUCAUAAUGGAGAGGCGACUGCGACAGCUGCUCUCGAGCUUCGAGCGCCGCAAGCAGCCGGUAGAUAUGGCUGAGCGUCUCAGCUGCUUCACUUUCGACUUCAUGAGCGACAUGGCUUUCGGUGGAGGGUCUGAGAUGAUCCGCGAUGGAGACGUUGAUAACACAUGGAAGCUGUUCGAUAGCGGUUUACCGCUAGCACUCGUCCUCUCCCAUGUCCCUUGGCUCGGACAGUACUACGUGAUGCUGCCAAGAGUAGGCCACGCUCUCAAGAAGUUCCGCACGUUUUGUCAGGAUCGCGCCAGGCUGAGACAGAAGGAAGGGUCACAGGUUAAGGACCUCUUUCACUAUUUGAUUGACGAGGCUGGGGUUGAGAGCACUCCGCCUACGUUUGCUGAGGUGAUGGCUGAUGGUGUGCUUGCCAUCGUCGCGGGGGCCGAUACGACCGCCACCGUGCUCAGCAGCUUGUUCUGGGCUCUGUCCACCCAUCCGGAGGCGUAUCACCAGCUGCAGGCCGAAGUCGAUCGAUGGUUCCCCGCAGGAAGCGACGCAUGGGAUGUCGGCCGCCAGGCAGAGAUGCCCUACCUGAAUGCCGUAAUCAAUGAAGCACUGCGGCUAUAUCCGGCUGUCAUGGGGGGUAGCCAACGUGGAGUCGUUGAUCAUGGAGGUCGAUUGGUGGGGCCAUAUUUCCUGCCUGAAGGAACCAGCGCAUUGAUACACUUCUACUCGAUGCACCGCGACCCGCGCUACUUCUCGCCCAAGCCAGACGCAUUCUGGCCUGAGCGGUGGCUGACGCCCGAGCAGCGGUCCGCGCUGCCGUCGCCGUCUGGUGCGAAAUGCUUGGACAAGUAUGGCUAUGUGCACAACACGUCGGCGUUCUUGCCCUUCUCGUACGGGCCGAUGAACUGCGUCGGCAAGCGACUGGCGUAUCACGAGAUGCGCGCCGUCGUCACGAUGCUGGUGCAGCGCUUCGAUUUCCGUCUUGCAGAUGGGUACAGUCCAGACACCUGGGAGCACGACCUCAAGGACUACUGGGUCGCUACGAGGGGAGAGCUGCCCAUGGCCUUAUCUCCACGGGAAUCAUUUCGAGGUGUUUAGACAUCUCUCGCUUCCGCUGUGAUGUAUUGCUCUUUUUAUUUUCACGACCGCGCUUAUCGCGCUCCGGAUUAUGUAUGAUUAUCAGCGUAACGUACAGCUACUUUACCUACUUUAUACUUGUAUAUGAUAGUAGACUCGCAUUGAUCAGAUUGGCGAUGGUCGGACAGCGUCAGCGUCGCUUUAUCGUAAUGCAACAUGUUGGUGUGCGAAUGGAUCAACGAUUUAUGCC